AUGAGUUGUACCAAAUGGUUCAUCUUGGUUUUAUGCUCUUGUUUCGCCCAAGACUCUAAAGACGUGAAGGAGCAGCUAAUGGAGAUCAUGAGAGUCCAGCUGAUGUCUGUUAGCCCAGACGACAGGGAAUCGUUCACCGAGCUCUGCAUUAAGAAACGUAUGGCGUGUGAAGAGAAACAGUUCUCAGGGAGGCACGCAGUCUUUACCUGGAAACCUGGCACGUCAACAGAGGCUAAGGACAGAUUCUGGCGGACGUAUAGCUGUGUCUACAAUCAAAAUAUCAACAAGUGUCCAGUUGAUGGUGGCUGGACAGAGUGGUCAUUGUGGUCAAAAUGUAAGGCUGACUGUGAGGAUAAAGGUUGGCAGACUCGAACACGAGCUUGCGAGAACCCGAAACCGGCUUUCGGUGGAAACCCAUGUGAUGGAGAGAAGCUAGCCAAUAUAACUUGCAUCGGACUCUGCCGCUCAAAUUCCGACGGUCUCGCCGAGGCUGAAGAGUACAUAGUUCAGAUCCAUAACGCCUUCCCAGAUCUGGCCGGCCUGUGUAUGGAGAAGCACUGUCUCUAUUUAGAAGUUACGAGAAUCAUCAAAGACCGAUUUAAAGUGGACAAAUAUUGGUCAAGUAUAAACUGUGUGAAGUACGGCAGUGCCUGUCCAGUGAAUGGGGGCUGGGGAGAAUGGCAGGAGUACACCCGGUGCAGCGCCAAGUGCGGCGUAGGCGAACGGUUUCGUUCCAGGAAGUGCGACAAACCGGUGACUAGAAACGGGGGAAUUCCCUGCCAAGGCGAAUGGUUCCAGGAAACCAGCUGUUUAGGGAAGAAUUGCUCGGCCAAGGGUGUGGAUAUGUCUGACUGGUCCACCUUUUCUCCUUGUUCUGUCAGCUGUGGUGCUUAUGGAGUCAAAGAGUCAACCAAAUUCUGCAUCAAGGCUGACAAACCAUGUAUGGUCGGCGGUCAAAAAGUUGAGCAGAUCACUAUGGCGAUACCAUGCUAUGGGGGAGAAUGCCCACAAACUGGAGGCUGGGGCCAGUGGCAACCAUGGACCGAAUGUUCCGCGGAAUGUGGCGUUGGUCGUAAGACGCGUUUCCGUCAAUGCGAUUCUCCCAACCCAAGCGGCGGUGAGAGUUGCCUCGGUAUAAGACUACAGACAACAGCCUGUGACGGCAGCAUGUGCAUCCAAGUACCGAAAGAAAACGACAAUGAGGAAGAAAGUCAACAAAGAAAAAGACGAUCGUGGCAUAAUUUCAGUUCUUUGGCUUUUGCACUUCCCAAAGAUAGAUCUAAAUUCUCUUUAUCUCGAAGCCCAUCAAAUUAUUUCAAUGUAUCCAAAGUACUGCUGCCCUCUGUGGAUUCCAAAUUGGUUAAAAAAUUAAGCAUACAAUUUAAAACCAACCUGUCCACAAGGAAAGCCAAGAACAUUUCGGACACUGCCAGGUGUUUACCAACUGAAGUUCUCAACGAAAGUCUUUCUAGAACGAUACAAUUAAAUGAAAGCCUUGAAGUCAAAACUGCAAUUUUUACUUCCACAAAAAUCAAAGAGUGUAACACAAAAGAGGGUCAACCUUCAUUUGGAAAUAAUGACAAUAUAUCAGCUAUAAACAAGACAUAUUUGGGUGCGCGAAGACCGCGUGUGUCUCGUGAGGUGAAAGUAGAACAGGAUGACCCAUAUAACUUUGAAUUGAACCCAGACCUGGAGAAUACAUACACAACGUGGACAUUGUGGUCAGCAUGCAGUGCCUCCUGUGGAGGAGGAAGUCGCACUCGAGUCAGAAGCUGCAAAGAUAAAACGAUAGUGUGUAGGGGCGAGAUCAAGCCCACCCAGUUGUGUAAUAUUGAUCCCUGCCCAGUUCAAGGUGGCUGGGGAGCGUGGGGAAUCUGGCAGCCCUGCUCUGAGACCUGCAACAAAGGAUUUUCUGAGAGAUACAGACAGUGUGAUAGUCCUCUACCAGCAUUUGGUGGCACUUGUCCUGGUACCAAUAAAGAAACCAAAGACUGCAAUUUGGGAAUUUGUUUAUCCACUCAAAACAUCGGUUAUUCUUGGUCACUAUGGACAGCUUGUAGUCUUUCCUGUAAUGGAGGUGUACGUAAAAGGGAAUAUAGAGUGUCUGGCGCUUCGGGCCGUGAUUAUGUUGAUGAACAAGUCAAACUCUGCAACCCACAGCCUUGUCCUGAGAACGGACUCUGGGCUGCAUGGGGAGGCUGGGCCCCAUGCUCAGAAGCUUGUGGUUUGGGAAACAGAGUGAGAGACAGGACAUGUACAGACCCAGCUCCUAAUUGGGGCGGGGCUCCCUGCGAAGGUGAAGGUUCUGAAUUGCAGACCUGCUUUGCUGGACCUUGUCUAGAUGAAGAUGACUAUGGGAUAAAGCUUGAGGGCAAUGGUUUCCUGACAUAUUCUGACAUAGGCAAAGUAACUGGAUUGUUCAUGGUAUUCCUACGCCUCAAGCCAGCUGCACUUAAUGGAACUAUAUUUCAUCAUAACAGAGGCUGUAAAAAAAAACUCACUGACUGUGAGUGUAGUAUCAUGUUGGUCUUGAUUAAUGGAUUCCUGCAUCUGGAGGUGAAAAAUAAAAGAGAGAAAGAAACAUUGAAACUAUCCUACUCAAAUAUCUUAGUGCUUGAGCAGUGGCAAGAUAUUUUGGUGAUAGUUACUGAGAGUUGGGCUGAGAUGAGAGUAGAUGAUGAUUACAAGGAAGAGAAACCAUUUUCACCUGGCAACCCUCACACCUUCAACUUUGAUGGUCAGCUAACUAUUGGCAGUAACAGGUUUCAAACCGAUGUUAAGUAUUUACUGUGAACAAAUCUAGUAUUAAAUAUUUUUAUCCUAUUUGGGAAUGCUUUUCAUUGGUAUCUUAUAUAAGAAAUAUAUGUUUAGUAUGCAGUUAGCCGAUCUCUUUUUAUUAAUAAAUAUCAAUAGAUGAUGGGGAUUGGUGGUGGCCGAGUGGCUUCUGAAUCAAGAGUUUUCAGGUUUGAAUCUCUAUGAGGACUGAUAUUUUUAAUUUUUUGAUUUUAUGAUUCCCCUGAGACUACACAACUCUAACCUGAGAUUAUUUGAGGGAGGUAUAGUAGUUAGUUAUUGUG